AUGGGGCAGGUCCUGCCUGUCUUCGCCCACUGCAAAGAAGCUCCGUCUACAGCGUCCUCUACCCCUGACUCCACAGAAGGAGGGAAUGACGACUCGGAUUUUCGGGAGCUUCACACAGCCCGAGAAUUCUCGGAGGACGAUGAGGAAGAGACCACGUCGCAAGACUGGGGCACCCCCCGGGAGCUGACCUUCUCCUACAUCGCCUUCGACGGUGUGGUGGGUUCUGGAGUGCGCCGGGAUUCAGCUGCCCGCCGCCCCCGGCCCCAGGGCCGCUCAGUCUCGGAACCGCGAGACCCACCCCCUCAGCCCGGCUUGGGCGACAGUUUGGAGAGCAUCCCCAGCCUGAGCCAAUCCCCGGAACCUGGGCGCCGCGGUGACCCCGACACUGCCGCUCCAGCCGAACGCCGCCUGGAGGACCUAGGGCUCCAGCUGGACCAGCUGGGCUGGGCAGCCCAGGGAACGGGGUCCGGAGAAGACUCUGCCACCAGUAGCUCCACCCCGCUGGAGGACGAGGAGCCCGACGGGUCGGAGGUUGGAGAGGCUGGGAAAGAACUGGACCUACAACUCGGACUCCCUCAGUCCUCACCGCCGCCACCGCCGCCGGAAGUCUUGACUCUGCAGCCCAGCCCCGGCUCUGGAACCCCCCAGGCGGGUACCCCAUCCCCACCCCGAUCCCGGGAUUCGAACUCUUGGCCUGAUGAGCCCUCGCUGGACCUGAAGGAGGAAGAGCCGUGGGGGCAUCUGGAGCGGGAGCCAAUCACGGGGCAGUGCCUCGAUAGCACGGACCAAUCAGAAUUCACAUUGGAACCACUCCUUCUAGUGGCGGACCUGCUGUACUGGAAGGACACAAGGACAUCAGGAGUGGUCUUCACAGGCCUCAUGGUCUCCCUGCUCUGCCUCCUGCACUUUAGUAUCGUGUCCGUGACCGCCCACGUGGCCCUGUCGCUGCUCUGUGGCACCAUCUCUCUCAGGGUUUACCGAAAAGUGCUGCAGGCCGUGCACCGGGGGGACGGCGCCAACCCCUUCCAGGCCUAUCUGGAUGUGGACCUGACCCUGACUCGGGAGCAGAUGGAACGUCUGUCCCAGCAGAUUGCCUCCCGAGUGGUCUCUAUGGCCAUCCAGCUGCGGCAUUUCUUCCUGGUAGAAGACCUCGUGGACUCCCUCAAGCUGGCCCUUCUCUUCUACAUCUUGACCUUUGUGGGUGCCGUCUUCAAUGGUUUGACUCUUCUCAUUCUGGGUGAGCUGGGAAGGCUGAAGCAGCCUCCUGAAUGAAUCGGGGAGAAGAACCCCUCCAAUCUCUCCUUCUUGGUCUCCCAGGCCCAGAUGGACCAGUAUGUGGGAUUGGUGACCAAUCAGUUGAGCCACAUCAAAGCUAAGAUCCGAGCUAAGAUCCCAGGGUCCGGAGCCCUGGCCUCGGCAGCAGCCGCAGUCUCUGGAUCCAAAGCCAAAGCCGAAUGAAAGGGGUGUCUCUGCCCUCGGGACGCCUGCCCCCAUCCCCCGCAGCUCUCUGCCCAACUCCAUCUCCCUUCCAUCCCCACCCUCCCUCCGCCUCCGCCCGAGCCAUUUCCCGAGCCAUUUCCCGAGCCAUUUCCCGAGCCGGGCGGGUUUCUGGAUCACCAGGGAGUUUGUGCAAAUUGCCUGGGCGGCCAGGACUACAUCUCCCAAGAGGCUCUGCUCUAGGAGCCCCGGAAAGGCGAGGCACCUUGGCUGCGGCGCCUGCUGGGACUUGUAGUUGCCUAGAUAGGGCACCCGCCGGGCACUUCCGUGACCCCACGGCUGGAGGCGCCGUGAGAGAUUGGUGUCUCCUGGACGCCACUAGCCCCAAAGCCAGGGCUUUGCAUGGGGCCCAGGGGAGGCCUGAGCUUGGAUUUACACUGUAAUAAAGACUCCUGUGGA